UCCUACAAGUGGAGCAGGCCCACAUGAUGGCUGAUCCCCGGGGCCCUGUAGACCAUGGAGUCCAAAUUCGAUUUAUUACAGAACCAGAGGGUGCUACUGAAAUGGGCACCCUUCGUCGUAGUGGGCGGCGCCCUGCUAAGGAUGCAAGAGCCAGUACCUAUGGGGUCGCUGUGCGCGUGCAGGGCAUUGCUGGGCAGCCCUUUGUGGUUCUUAACAGUGGAGAGAAAGGGACUGACUCCUUUGGGGUCCAAAUCAAAGGGGGCAACAACCGGGGGUCCCCAGGUACACUGAGCUCUGAUUCAGAGCUCCCUGAGAACCCCUACUCUCAAGUCAAGGGAUGUCCUGCAGCGUCUCAGGGCAGCACAUCUGAUGAAGAGCCCAGAGACCACUUGAAUGGAAAACUGCUCCGUUCCCAGUCGCAAGCCUCUCUGACAGGGCUUGCUCUUAUGAGUCCUAAUAAUAGGAGCACCAGCUUGCUGGAACUAGCCCCUAAAAAGACUUCCUCAAUUAACAGCAUUGACACUGCCCCCUUGUCUUCAGUGGACUCGCUCAUCAGCAAGUUUGAUAGUCAGAAGGGGGCCCAAGUCCGGGGCCGCACUGGCCGCCGCACAAGGACACUUCCCCACGAGCAGCAGCGCAAGCGGAGCCAGAGUCUAGACAGCAGGCUCUCACGGGAUACACGUGAGGAUCGGGAUGUGCCAACCAGCCACUGGACCCGUGGAACAAAAUAUGACAACCAUGUGGACAGUUUAAAGAACCCACCUCAGAAGCAGAACCCUUUCAGCAGCUUUAGCCGCUCCCGUCAGACUCAAGACUGGGUGCUUCAGAGUUUCGAGGAGCCACGGGAUCCCUCCAUGGUGCAGUUCAAAUCAACUCCAGACCUUCUCAGAGACCAGCGGGAGGCAGCACCACCAGGCAGUGCGGACCAUGUGAAAGCCAUCAUCUAUGGCAUCCUAAGGGAGGGAAGCGCGGAGAGUGAGGCGUCUGUGAGGAGGAAAGUUAGUUUGGUGUUGGAGCAGAUGCAGCCUCUGGGGAUGGUUUCUCCUGCUUCUACUAAGACCCUGGCAGGGCAGGCUGAGCUUACCCGAAAAAUGGAGGAGCUUCAGAAAAAGCUGGAUGAAGAGGUGAAGAAGCGGCAGAAGCUAGAACCAUCCAGGGUUGGGCUAGAGAGGCAGCUGGAGGAGAAGGCUGAAGAGUGCCACCGACUGCAGGAGCUCCUGGAGAGGAGAAAGGGAGAGGCCCAGCAGAGUGCCAAGGAGCUUCAGAACAUGAAGCUGCUGCUAGGCCAGGAAGAAGGACUACGGCACGGGCUGGAGACCCAGGUGAAGGAGCUACAGCUCAAGCUGAAGCAUAGCCAGAGUCCUGAUUCUGGAAAUGAGAGUCUCCUAAAGGACUUGUUAGAUACCCGGGAGCUUAUGGAAGAGCUCUUAGAGGGCAAACAGAGAGUAGAGGAGCAGCUGCGGCUGAGGGAACGGGAGCUGACAGCCCUGAAGGGGGCCCUGAAAGAGGAGGUGGCCUCUCACGACCAGGAGGUGGAACAUGUCCGGCUGCAAUACCAGCGUGACACGGAGCAGCUUCGCCGGAGCAUGCAAGAUGCCACCCAGGACCAUGCUGCAGUGGAAGCUGAGAGGCAGAAGAUGUCUUCCCUCGUGCGGGAGCUGCAGAAAGAGCUAGAGGAGACCUCUGAGGAGACAGGGCAUUGGCAGAGCAUGUUCCAGAAAAACAAGGAGGAGCUGAGAGCCGCCAAGCAGGAACUGCUGCAGCUUCGGAUGGAGAAGGAAGAGAUGGAAGAGGAACUGGGGGAGAAGAUGGAGGUCUUACAGAGGGACUUAGAGCAGGCUCGAGCCAGUGCAAGAGAUACUCACCAGGUGGAAGAACUCAAAAAGGAGCUUCGACGAACCCAGGGGGAGCUUAAAGAGCUUCAGACAGAGCGGCAGAGUCAGGAGGUGACUGGGCGACACCGGAACCAGGUGUUAGAGAAGCAGCUGGCAGUGCUGAGGGCAGAGGCUGAUCGAAGCCGAGAUCUGGAACAGCAGAACCUCCAGCUACAAAAGACCCUGCAGCAACUGCGGCAGGACUGUGAAGAGGCUUCCAAGGCUAAGAUGGCAUCAGAGACAGAGGCCAUGGUGCUGGGGCAGCGUCGGGCAACAGUGGAAACCACACUUCGGGAGACCCAAGAGGAAAAUGACGAAUUUCGAAGGCGCAUCCUGGGUCUGGAGCAGCAGUUGAAGGAGGCCCGAGGUCUGGCGGAAGGUGGGGAAGCGGUGGAGGCACGGCUUCGGGACAAAGUGCAUCGGCUGGAGGUAGAGAAACAGCAGCUGGAAGAGGCUUUGAAUGCUGCCCAGGAGGAGGAGGGGAGCCUGGCAGCAGCCAAGCGGGCUCUGGAGGUCCGGCUAGAUGAGGCCCAGCGGGGGCUGGCACGCCUCGGGCAGGAACAGCAAGCACUGAACCGGGCUCUAGAGGAAGAGGCGAAGCAGCGGGAAGCUCUCCGAAGGAGCAAGGCAGAGCUGGAGGAGCAGAAGCAUUUGCUGAACAGGACUGUGGACCGACUCAACAAAGAGCUGGAGCAGAUUGGGGAUGAUUCCAAGCUAGCCCUGCAGCAGCUCCAGACCCAGAUGGAAGAUUACAAGGAAAAGGCCCGGAAGGAAGUAGCUGAUGCCCAGCGUCAGGCCAAGGACUGGGCCAGUGAGGCUGAAAAGAAUUCAGGGGGGCUGAGCCGGCUCCAGGAUGAGCUGCAAAGGCUGCGGCAAGCCCUGCAGACAUCCCAGGCCGAACGGGACACAGCCAGACUGGACAAAGAGCUGCUGGCCCAGCGACUGCAGGGGCUAGAGCAAGAGGCUGAAAACAAGAAACGCUCCCAGGAUGACAAAGCUCGACAGCUGAAGAGCCUAGAGGAGAAAGUCUCACGGCUGGAAGCAGAGUUAGACGAAGAAAAGAGCACUGUGGAACUGUUAACAGAUCGGGUGAACCGUGGCCGGGAUCAGAUGGAUCAAUUGAGGACAGAGCUCAUGCAGGAGAGAUCUGCUCGUCAGGACUUGGAGUGUGACAAAAUCUCCUUGGAGAGACAGAACAAGGAUUUGAAGAGUCGGUUGGCCAGUUCAGAAGGCUUCCAGAAACCCAGUGCUAGCCUCUCUCAGCUUGAGUCCCAGAAUCAACUGUUGCAAGAGCGGCUGCAAGCUGAAGAGAGAGAGAAGACAGUCCUGCAAUCCACCAACCGAAAACUAGAGCGGAGGGUUAAGGAGCUCUCCAUCCAGAUUGAUGAUGAACGGCAGCAUGUCAAUGACCAGAAAGAUCAGCUAACCCUGAGGGUGAAGGCUUUGAAGCGGCAGGUGGAUGAAGCGGAAGAGGAAAUUGAGCGGCUGGACAGCCUGAGGAAGAAGGCACAGCGGGAACUGGAGGAACAGCAUGAAGUCAAUGAACAGCUCCAAGCUCGGAUCAAAUCCUUGGAAAAGGACGCCUGGCGAAAAGCUUCCCGGUCAGCUGCUGAGUCAGCCCUCAAACAAGAGGGGCUGAGCUCUGAUGAGGAGUUUGACAGUGUCUACGACCCUUCGUCCAUUGCAUCACUGCUUACUGAGAGCAACCUGCAGACUAGCUCAUGUUAGCUCAUGCUCUGCUAGGGACCACAAACAGGCUUGUGGUCAAGCCUAUCCCAGCCAGCCUGCUCUGCUUUGCUCUGUCCUGCCUGCCUCAGAGUCUUUUUUUUUUUUUUUUUCCCCUACUAGUGACCCAAUUCAGACUUAAGACUGGGAAGGGUCAGAGUGAUGGUGAUAAACAUUAGCAAUGAGCUGGUGGGUGGACUUGACCUUUGCACUGGAGGAGUGGGUAUUUAGUCCUACUGAGUCCUUCCUAUAGGACUUCUCCAUCAUCCCUUACAGUGGAACUAAUGGUCAGCAUAUACACUGACUGGGACUGUGAAGGACAGGAAGGGAUGGAUAUUGCCAUGUAUGUAAUGCUUUAUUUCUUUGAUAUUUAACCAUAUGGCUCAGGGAAGUACCCAAUGUUGUUCUGCUCUCUGGAUCCCUGCAACCUUUUCUCCUCCCACUCUGGAGCAGGGAGGGAACAUUAUGGGUAAUGGACAUGCAGGCAUGGCACUACCCACUUCUCAGAUACUUCUUUUUGCACAGUCAUAGGUCCUAGCAUCUUUUCAGUUGCAAUAUUUUUGUUUUCCCCAAGUCACUGGGUCCAGGAGAUCUUUUGUCUUUCUUUUCCAUCCCUGCCUUGCUGCUUUACUCUCAGUGCCUUACCAGUGUGAGAGAUGGAUGAGGAUGCUGUUCUUGCCUUUUAUAAACCUGCACAUUCAUACCUCUCCAAAGACCAGCCUUUCCUCAUUGGGGGCCCUCAGCCUGUCCCUAUUACCCCAGUGAUUGAGCAGCUACAGGCUGCUCUGCCAACCAGCCCCUGGUAGAAGGGCUUUGAUAGGCCUUGGUAAGGUGGUGGGGACUGGUUCUGCUCAGGGUUUCCAUCUUCCUCACCCUCUGUGACUGAGGAUGCUGCCAUAAGGUGGUUGUACCUGGGAACCAUGGUGACUGUUUAUACAGGUUCUAAAGUCAAACAUCUAGUCCCUGUGGCCUCUUUGUGGCUUCUCUGAGCAGAUGUACCUGGCUUCUGUGGGAACCAACAGAUCCUUGCUUUUCUCAGGAAGUGGGCCCUGAUUCAGAGCUUUGCCUGGAGUUAGAAGCUGACUCUCAGUAGAGAUGGGAAGGGGUAAUGGAGAAUGUACUCCUCCUUUGAGUUUUGGGGUAUGCCAAGCUCUGGUGAGUGAGGGUAAUGGGGAUGCUUAUCUCUUAUCUCCAAAGUAAGUUCUGUUCUCAUCAAUGACUUGUAACUUCAUGAUUUUCAAAAAGAUAUUCUACAAAUGAGAUAUUUUCUCCCAAUCCAGCCUUGGUUUAUUUUAAAUUAAAUAUUAAAAAUGGCAUACCUA